AAAUUGAGACUUGCAUAAAAUCUUUACUUUUCAUACCAAAUACAGUAUAUGCUGAUGUCCAACGCUGAACGAAGAUACCCAUUAUGUCGAUAUGCGAUAAAUAGUUUAUUUACUGAAUAUCAGCAGGGGCGGAUCCAUGAGUCAAAGGGAGUGUAAUGAGCGAAUAUUCUUGUGGGUCCGGGAGCGUAGUCCCUCUCACCAAAAUAUUGGUUUACAAAAAGAAGCGAAAUCUCGAGGAUGAAUGUUUUGACAUCAGAGGGCGUCUACAUUGAGCCCAUCGCCAAGAGCUCGAUCAGGCUGCACAGAUUACACAAGCCUUUUGAAGACGGACAUAUACUCUCACUUGAGAUGAACGCGACUUCAUCAAACGGAGUGGUGUUUUACAUGGCAUCAAGACACCACAACCCCGAUAAAUCCGAAUUCAUUGCCCUGGAGGUCGUCAAUCGCUACUUCCGGUACCAUAUCAAGUGUCGUCACCUCAACGCCAUGUUGACUGUACCAAGAAUUGUAGCCAACGACAGGGCUUUUCACAAAAUUUCAUUUGAAAGAUCUAGAUCACGAGGGAAAUUGGUAAUUGACGGAAAACGUUUCUUCCAAAACUUUCGUGUAGAGUGCAAAGGCUUCCGGUCCAUUGUUUUAGGCGGACUUCUCCCGGAGGACCGGAAACACACAAGCCCACUACAGAAAUACCAUGCCCACUUUGAAGGAUGCUUACGCAAUUUUGAUACUUCCACUGGUAUUGCUGACGAGCCUCGCUAUCAUGCGGUAUCACAGUGUCACAACACGUGAUAAGUCACAUGACAGGAAGCCGGUGUUCGUCAUCAUCACUAUUGGUGCAUCCAUUAUCUGUCUUCCACCAAUUCUAAGGUGGCCCCAUAUCUACUCUGGCAAAGUUAGCUCGGACAGUUUUGUUUGUCGUGAAUAUCUCCACAUUUUAUGGUGUCUUGGCAAUAUAAUGUUGUACCUAAGUGUGUAUACAUGUGUUAAUAUUAUACCGUCCUAAAGUGUGCCUGCGAUUGAAGGAUGCUUUGUAAGACGCAUGGCUUGAAUUGUAAAUAUGUCAGACAUUAGUCAUUCACUACCGUCAAUCUGAAUGAAUCUCAAGAAUAAAAUACUUUUGUACAGUAUUGUUAAUAAAUGACUAACGGUUA